AUGGUGCCGCACGCGCAAGCCCCGGUGCACCAAUCUACAGCCAUGGUGCAGCGCGCCCAAGCCCCCGCGCACCAGUCUACAGCCAUGGUGCCGCGCGCUCAAGCCCCGGUGCACCAAUCUACAGCCAUGGUGCCGCACGCCCAAGCUCCGGGCCACCCGGACAGAACAGCACCGCCCGGGCCGGACCUGGCCUGCAACGAGUGCUCGCUCACCUUCCCGUCCCGCCUGCAGCAGGCACGCCACCGUCUCUCCUCGCACGUGGCCCCUGCCGAGCACGGCUGCCCCAUAUGCGGCAUGAAGUUCCUGACGCGGUCGCGACAGCGCGUGCACCUGGCGCGCUCGCACCGCGUCCUGCGGCUGGCGUGCCCGCACUGCACGGCGCGCUUUCCGUCGAGCCUGCUGCUGGGCGCCCACCUCCUGGUGGACCACACGGCCGUGAUCCGCGCCCUGCCGCAUCCCUUCGCCAUCGAGUGCCCCGUGUGCUCGGAGUGGUGCGUGUCGGCGGGCCAGCUGACGGCGCACGUGCGGGCCUUCCACCCGGGCGCGCAGCCCAUGCACUGCGCCAUGUGCCCGCGCGCCUUCAACAACGUGUCCUCGCUGCUGCUGCACCACCACGGCCACCUGGCCGCCAUGCGCCGGCAGCACUGCGGCGUGUGUGGCGUGUGGUUCCCCGCGCAGGAGCUGGUGCAGGCCCACGAGCGCGCCGAGCACAACCCCCGCGUCUUCCGCUGCCCCGUGCUCAAGCCGAGCCGCUGCCGCGAGGUCCUGCCCAGCGCCGAGGCCCUCGACCAGCACCUGGCCGCAGCGCACCCCCGGCGGCGGCCGUACUCGUGCCGGUGCGGCACGCACUUCAAGAACCUCCACGACCACCUGGAGCACGCGGCAGAAACGCUGCACCAGGCCGCUCUGCCGCCCACGGGCGGGGAAAGCCUGCACGUCUGCAAGGCCUGCCUCAUCGUGGCCGAGGACCCCAUGAAGAUCAGGGACCACGAGGACACCGUGCACAUGGGGCUGCUCCCAUUGGACCGUGUGGCGCAACUCCUUACGCUGGUCCAGGAUGCUGUUGUGAUUAAAAACUCUUGA